GAUGAAUUGCCUUGGUCCAUCCAUGCGCAAGGCCUCAAAAGCUGUCUGGUGGCCAUUCGGUGUGACGGGCCCAUAAUUCUACAUGAUGUCGAAAACCUGGUUCUUAUUUUAGAGUGUCACCAGCUCCGAAUCCACAACAUGAGAAACUGUCAAGUCUAUGCUUUGGUAGCCAACGACAGAGUCAUUAUAGAAGACAGUAGGGACUUGAUAUUUCUGGGGUUCUCUGAAGAUGCCUUGGGACCUCCAUGUUUUGUUGUUGACGACUUUGACUGGCCCACUUCUGAGACUGUCAAUCCUCAUUUUAAAAUGAAGACUUUUUCUGAUGAU